AUGACAACGGCAAUCGUCUCGUCCCUGGCUGUUAUCCGCCGCUCGCCUCUUUCAUGGGAAUUACUCUCUUUUCAUGAAGAAAGAUCAUCGCCGGCGGACAUGGAAAUCGCCCAGUACUCAUGGACAUGGGUGUCGCCCUACGUUAUCUACGAUAAUUGCGUACUCGAGGACUCCUUGUCCCAAGGUAAAUGGCACAUCGACGAGGAUACAAACGUAAACUACGAGUUGCUGCUCAGAGGAUUAUAA